AUGAAUAUGAAAUCACUCAUUUUUAGAUUUCCUAUGACAUAUGAUUAAUCAAAAGCUUUAUUAGAAUAAUCUAAAUGUGAUGAAGAAUUCUUCAGAACUAUUAUAGGAUUAAGUAUAUAACUAAAACAAUUUGUUAAUGAAGAUGAUAUCUAAUCUUUAACUAAUUUUUUUAAUCAAAAUGUAGGUAUGAUUCCCUUUUUAAGAAUAUUUAUUGAUGAAUCAUUUGAGCAGGCUGUAUUAUAUAGAUAUGAAGAGAUUAUAAGAUAUUUCAUAAAUAAUAGCUAUUAAGUUACAGACAAAAAAAUUCUAAUAACUUUAUUAUAAACCUCUAGAUUCUUAAAACAUGAUCCUCCUAUUGAAGUUUUAGAAUUAUUACUAAAAGAAGGCAAUGUGAAACCUGAUGAAGGUACUGAUGAUAAAUUUAGAACCCCUCUUCAUUUAGCCUGUAAAUAUGGAAUUAAAGAUUUCAUAAAGUAUUUGAUUCAAAAUAUUUAUAUUAGAAUACUAAUUGAAAAUGGAGCAGAUAUAAAUGCAAUAGAUAAAAAAAAAUUUACACCUUUGAUGUAUUUAUAAAAAAAAAUGUAAAAAGAGGAAGGACUAGAUGUAAUCGAAAAAUAUAUGUAUUAAAAAGGAGCAGAAACUUAUGUUACAUCUAUAUUUUGA